CUGAAUAUCAAAUAUUUAUAUACUAGCUUACUCGAUAUAUGCAUAGUUUUUGGUCUUUGACUCGAAUUUUUAUUUACAGGCCACAACCACUUGGAGCAAAUAGUGGACAAUUAUUUAAUGGUAACGAAGAUGACGACCAUUUAGGCGGAUUCAAAAAUAGAUUCCAAUUCUUAAAUCAAAAUCUUAACUUAGACAUUAGUCCAAUACGCGGCAGUGGACAAAGUGGAGAUGAUUAUAGUUAUUCACAAAAUGGUUAUAAUAACAAUGACGAUGAAAAUGUUCAUGGAUAUAAUUAUAAAGUACCAUUAGAUCAACUUCAGACUCAUCCAGUUCCUUCAAGACAAUACCUGCCAGUGCAUUAACAUAAAUAUAGAAUUAGAAGUUUAAUAUAAUUUAAUUAAGGUAUUUUAAAAAUAUUUAUGUGUACAUAAUAAAUUUAUUAUAAAGUGAAUUGUUACACUAAU